AUGAUGGCUAUUGAGCAGUCUUCGAAACGGAGUUCGGACUCGCCUGUGGUCGCUGUUGAUGGCAAAAAACGACGGGUGGAAUUCGCCGAUGAGGUGAUGAUUCACAGCGAAAACGGCGAACAUCACACCAACAAAGAGUUCUCUGCAAAGCUUUACCACAGUUUUGUGAUGAGUGCUAUCGAGGAUCUCGAUAGGAACGAUGCAUCUCAGAUAAACUCGCUAGCUUCGCAGCUUUCGCUGCCCAGAACACACCCCGAUUGCAUUUCACAGGAAAACUUAAACGUCCUCCUGCGAACCCUAUCCUACAACGUGAGUAAACUGGACUCGCAGCUCUGCACACCUUUGAUUCAGGCCAUCAUCAACUUCGAGAAGUGGUGGGAACUUCCCCAGGCUUCUCUAGGUACAUAUAUAUUUUUCAUUAAAAUUCUGUGCUCCAGCUUGCCGAAGUGGUGGCAAGAUGUGUCGCUCCCGUUGAUCGCUAAUUUCACUCUGCCUGUGGAAAAAACUGACCAACAUCAUCAAAUGCUCAAAUAUUUCCUUCGCACGAUACCCACAUCGAUUGGAUUUAUUGACUCCUACAUUGCGCGGUUUUUGCCGAAUAAGAACGACUCUAAGAAGAACUUAAUCAAUUACGCGGCAAACGUUUUGCAGCUUACCGAUUACUGCAACGAGUUGAGAUUUCAAUCGUGGUCAUUGGUCAUUGAAAAGGUUAUUUCAAUCGACGUUGAACUUCAAAACGAACUAGACGAAUUGGACGACGAAGUCGAAAAUGACAUUGACGACGAAAUAGACGAUGACGACGUCGAUGACAACGAGGACAAUGACGAUGACGAUAACGACAACGACAACGACAACGAUGAUGCCGAUAAUGGGUACGACAAGGACACAGACGUCAACGGAAAUCUUGAAAAUGCUAGCGACAACGAUUCUGACAAUGAAUUCAACGAUGACCUCAUGGAUGGUCAGGAAGAGUAUAACGUCGUUGUCUCGCAAAACAUAAAACAACUCUCGUCAAAACUAGACUCAAUUCUCUCGCUCAUAACCAAACGCCUGUCGCAGUCCUUGACGCAAGAAAGCAUAGAAAAUGGAGACGGCGUAAACAUUUUCAACACUCUGAUAAGUCUGUUCAAGUCCCAUGUUCUCCCAACUUAUUAUACCCGUUCAAUUCAGUACAUUUUAUUCCAUGUGUCACAACAACAGUUGGAACUCAUGGACGCGUUCUUAGUAACGCUCAUCGACAUCGCAUUUUCCCCCAACGAGACAAUCGAGAAAAGGAUAAAAUCGUUGCAGUACAUUGGCUCGUUCAUUGCCAGGGCCAAAAAGCUAUCGCAUACUCAGAUCAUUUUUGUUGCGAGCUACCUUAUAUCUUGGCUGAACCGCUACGUCUUGGAAAGAGAAGAGGAAGUGGAACAAAAUGGAGGCGUUGAAAGAUUCAAGCAUUUCUAUGCUGCCUUCCAAGCACUUUGCUAUGUGUUCUGCUUUAGGCAUGCCACAUUCAGGGACGGUGACAAUUGGGAAUGUGAUCUAGAUAAGUUCUUUCAGAGAAUGGUUUUAUCUAAGUUCAACCCACUGAAGUACUGUAAUGAAAACGUCAUGAUGAUGUUCGCACGUAUUGCUCAACAUGAAGGCGUGGCAUACUGUUUUGGCAUUAUCGAAAAUAACAACAACGAGAGACUCAAAGGUAUAAUGGGCAAGUCUGACACUCGAAACUCCGGUGCGACGGUUAGCCAUUGGUCACUGGCCACCCGUCAACAAUUCAUCGAUCUUCAAAGCUACUUUCCAUAUGAUCCACUUUUCCUCAAGAGCUACAAGCGAAUGAUGAAAGAUUACUACAUUGAAUGGGGGGACGUCAGUCGGGAUUAUGAAAGUGAUGACAGCGAUGAGGUCGAUGACGGUCGAAGCAUAUAG